AUGCCGAAAAAAUUAACUUUAAACGAAAGACGGUCCUUUAUAAACAAUUUGUGGACAAAUGGAGUCCAUGAUAUUAAUGAAUUACAUAAAAUAACACAUAUUCCGAAAUCCACAUUAUACACUUAUAUCCGAAAACUUAAAAAUUUUGGUAUUAUUAAACCAAAAUCGCGUCCAGGAAGGCCAAAACUUUUGUCUCCAAAAAAACGAAUUCAUCUUGGAAAAUUAGCUAGCACAAGAAAAUGUGCAACUAGCAAGGAAAUUGCUUUUACACUUAACCAAGCAUAUCCAAACUUUAAUAUUGCUUCCAGAACCAUCCGUGAAAAUCUUUUUAACCUAGGUUAUCGCGUUAGCAUACCAACUUCAAUACCAAUGUUGACUGUUGCUGCCAAGGAACGCAGAGUUGAAUG